AUGCCAGUAUGGACUGUCAAUUCUUUGACACUCAACUCGACUGAACAAACCGACGUAACGAGGCAGGGAACCAGCAAGGCGAAAAAGAGGGGAAUUACCGAACGACUACACACGUGGGAACUGGAGGCAGGAGGAACAGGUGAUGGUAGUGGGGCCGCCACCCAGCUCCGUGUGUCCUCAGCUGAUGACGCUGCUGUUGCUGCUGGCACUAUUGCUCCUGUUAGCGGUUGCACUGUUGCUGUUGUUGGUGCUGGCACUGUUGAUGCUGGCACUAUUGCUCCUGUUAGCGGUGGCACUGUUGCUGUUGUUGAUGCUGGCACUAUUGCUCCUGUUAGCGGUUGCACUGUUGCUGUUGUUGGUGCUGGCACUGUUGAUGCUGGCACUGUUGCUCCUGUUAGCGGUUGCACUGUUGCUGGUGCUGGCACUGUUGCUCCUGUUAGCGGUGGCACUGUUGCUGUUGUUGAUGCUGACACUAUUGCUUCUGUUAGCGGUGGCACUGUUGCUGCUGGCACUGUUGAUGCUGGCACUAUAGCUCCUGUUAGCGGUGGCACUGUUGCUGUUGUUGGUGCUGGCACUAUUGCUGCUGCCUUUGGUUAA